AUGAAUUUUUAAAUCCUUGGACUUUUAUCAUAAUUGCCAUCUAAGAAAUAUGUGAGAAAAUUAUUUGAAUAUGCUUAUUUAUUUAGAAACAAACUUAACUCAUUUUAAGAAUUUAUGGAAACACCUGUAAGUGCUUCAUUGCCUUAAGAUUUAUAAAUGACUGAGAAAUAAGCUCAUACACUCAUUAUAGGAUUAGUUAAACUAUUAGAAAGUGCAGAAUUAUUAUAAUGGAAUGAAUAAGCCAUUUUAUAACUAUUUCCAUCUACUUUUGAUUAGCAAUUAGCUAAAUUAUUAACAGAUUCUAUACUUUAAAUCUCUGAAUGUAAGAUAUAUCUAAACUCUUAUUAUAGUGUGUGAUAAAAUUACAAAUAGAGAGAUAUGUUAAGCAGAUUCGCUAAUUGAUAUUGAUUGGAGAGUAGAUAUACAAAUUUAGACACAUAAUUAAUAGAAGGUAUGUUCUUUAUAAAUAAUUAAUAGGUUAAUAUGCCUGUCUUAUUCUUAUAAUUGGAAACUCUAAAUACUUAAAAAAAUACAAAGGAGAAUGUGACAUUUCAGCUUAACUAAAAUGAAGUUAAUAAUUUUCACAACAAUUUGUGUAAAAUAAAAGAAUAAUUAUAAACUUUAGCUUAGUGA